CGCGGCUCACGUCAGCUGGCGCCGUCACUGCGCGUUACCCUCUAACUCGGGGGGGGGCGUAGGUUUCUACCGGCGUUCUCAGACACAAUGAACCAAGGAGCUGCGUAAAACGGACAAGUCGGGGUUGGGAGCAGGAAAAAAGCGCACGUUUUCAAGUUGAUUUUCGAUCCUUUCGGCAAAUUUGUUCGACGCAUUUGGCCUUUUUGGUACGCAGUUGCAGUCUAAAGCAAAAAUAAUCACCGCUUAGGAGAGCUAGCUAUCGGUUCAAAAGCGGAGAUCCGGGCGGAAUCGGGAGACUCGCUGGCCCGACACGAUACUGGUUACUACAGCUCGCUUAGCCUGCCCAGUUAUACGACGAAAUAACAUGUCGGUGUUCGCCUAUUCGGAUUACUUAGCUGCCGAGUGCCUGGUGUCCAUAUCCAGCGGACCCGUCCUUCACCGACCCACGCCGGUGGCCUCUGCCGCCGUGGGUCCCCCCCCGGCCCUGCCUCUCGGGGAGCCCGAGGGGUCGAGGGAGGAUAAGGAGGUUCGGGACACCCUGAAGCAGGAAGGCUCAAGUAUAAUGACGGUGGCCGGGAUCCUGACGGACCUCCAUGGCAAAUUCCGCCCCAUGUCGGCCUACUCCGAAAGCAGCAAUUCGUCGUGCGGGGAGAGCGGCUACACCACGUUGUCCGACUCCACAACCCCGACGCCCACCAUGACCCCGAGCGCCACGCCGACCCCCGGGCAGCACGGCCCAGCCCAGCAGCAGUUGUGGCCGGUGGCUGCUGGGGGACCCUCCCGCUCCCCCGUUAAACGGCACCCGUGCACUUUCGAUGGCUGCGACAGAGUAUACGGGAAAUCGUCUCAUCUGAAGGCGCACAUCAGGACUCACACAGGUGAGCGACCCUUCCCUUGCACCUGGGCCGGCUGCGAGAAGAAGUUUGCACGCUCGGACGAGCUGGCGAGGCACAAGCGCACGCACACUGGGGAGAAGCGCUUCCCCUGCCCACUUUGUGACAAGCGUUUCAUGCGCAGCGACCACCUGGUGAAACAUGCCCGCCGCCACCCCGAUUUCCGCCCUUCCAUGAUUGGACGUAAGGGCGCAGCUACCCCUGGCACCGGGGGAGUGUAGACGACGUUCAUCUCCCACUUCUCCACCCAGCGCAUUCAACAUGGACCCCAUAACACCGACCUUGCCUCUCCCCACUGUUUCCACCCUUAACCUCUGAUACUGUGGGGGGGGACACUGUCAGGAGAGUACAGUCUUACUGAAAUACACAACGGCUUCAACUCCAGCUCCGCCCGCCGUGGCCCCAACACUUGCGCAACACCUGGAAAGACCUUGAUGCAUCCCUUGUUUUUGAGAACACCUUGUACUGCAGCUGCCUGUUCUCGCGCAGGCUUCUUUUGGGUGGGCGGGGGCCUGGAGGGGGGGAGUUUCCACAUCAAGCACAGAACCACCUACAGGUGCUGCACAUUCCAUGUUGAUGGCUGUUUUGUGACCAUAGAUAGAAUAUUAGAGUAUUAGUCACUUUGUUUUUGGCCCAUUGUCACACUGCAAGGCAAGUUAGUGUGCUGCCUGGUGGUCCGAGUCAGCAGCGCAUUGACCCUGCCAUGCCCGUGAAAUGUCAGUGCAUAGUCCAUGUAGCGCAGUGUCUCAUCUCAGCUGCAGUUUGAGAGGCUGAAAGCUCGUGCAGAAGAGAUGAUAAUCAUGAACACCAUUUAGGACUAACAUCCGGAAUGAGUUACUGUUCUUGCGUUCAGGUGACGGGGAACCAGGGCAGCUAUACCACUUGGAUUUUUCCCCGCAUUUUGGUUGAAAUCUAGAAUUGCGUGACCGGAACACUAGAACUCUUUGACAAUAACCAAAAAUUCUUAUUUCUUGGAGCAGAAUUUUUUUCCCCCAAGAAAUAAACUAUAAAAUUGUUUUACUUUAGAUUUCAGUUGACUCAAUUUCAAAUGACAUGAAUACUCGCGGUUCCAGAUUUCCAGGUCCAGAUUUUACCGGAAACCAGGGGAAAAUGCGAGCGUUGUAGUGCCCGGAGAGUUUAUGCUCGACUUAGACUAGAGAGCUGCUAGUGUGUGUGUGCGUAUGUCUCUGCGCGUGUGGAUGAGUGCAAGAUCUCUGUAAAACAAUCUACUGUCUUGGCAGUCUGUCCAACCUCAGGAUGGACACCUUUAUCUCAGUGACUCCAUCAGGAAACUCAUAAAGCCUUAAGACAUUUCACAGUUACUGCACCAUAGUUUACUGUUGGACUUGUACAGGUAUAUAUGCCA